AUGCGUAAUUCGGAUUGGAAUAAUCAUAAUCAACAUCAUCGUCAAUAUCCAACAGCAUCAUUAUCGCCAUCAUCAAGUGAUCAUGCUACAUCAUUAUUACCAACUACAGGUCAAUAUAGUAAAUCAGGUUGGACGUAUGGUCUUAAUCCAUGUGGUGCGGAAUGUUCCAGGAGUAGUGAAGAUGCUGAUCCCAAUUUGCAUACAGUUACAAAAAUCAAAACAUCACUUGCAAAAUCUCAAAUACCAAUUAGUAUCCGGCACAAUGAUUUAGAUUAUACAACUGGAAGUUCAAGUAUUACAUCCAGUACGACAGUUAGUGAAAAUUUGAAUCGAAAAUUGAUUGGCGUACCGUUCAUCACUACUACAAGUGAUAUAACAUCAGAUGGAUCCAGUGUUGCAGAUGUAAAGCCAUCCAUUGGCGCUUCUGCAAAUGCUCAAUACCUGUGCGCAAAUCAAACACAAAAGGUAGGCAUUGUUCCACCUGCAUCGACCAAAUAUUAUCUGUGUUGGAUAGGUAUCAAUAAAAAUGGUGCCAAGGUGACACCGGAUAUCGGUAGUAAUACACCGGAUAUUGAUAGCGAUUCUAUAAAUUCUGUAAGGCGAACGGCAUCGUUUACGUUUAGUCCCAAAGGAUGUUUAGAUAAAGUAAAUCAAAGACUACAGCUGCAUGAUAACGAACCGAAGAGGCGAUUUAGUAGAUUUGCGAAAACAUUGGAUUUUAUUAAGAGUAAGAUGGACUCUUGUAGUAGUACAUCAACGCUCUAUCCGUCCAAAGAAGAGAUUAUUCAAUGGCAGGAUUCUUUUGAACGUUUGUUGAAUCACAAAUAUGGCUGUCUGUUGUUUCGAACAUUUUUAAAAGGAGAAUUCAGCGAGGAAAAUGUUGAUUUUUGGAUUGAAUGUGAAGAAUUUCGAAAGAUGAAAGAAGGAAAAAAAUCGACAAUUCAAAAAGCACAUUCUAUAUAUAAUAAAUAUAUUGCUGAGCAAUCACCAAAAGAGGUUAAUUUAGAUAGCGAUACACGCGCAGCGACAAAAGCAGCUCUGGAAAAUGGUGCCAAACCAAAUACAUUUUCGCUAGCGCAAACUAGAAUUGAGCAAUUAAUGGCAAAAGAUAGUUAUAGGCGAUUUUUGAAAUCAAAGCUAUUCAUGGAUUUGUUAACGAACGAUAAUAGCAGUACCGCUUCAAUCGCUAAUAAGGCGCCACAAAAAGAAAAUGAACAUGAACGUCAAUCAAGGUAA